AUGGCCCGAACACAGGAAAAAGCGCAUACACUGAUGAAUAAGUGGGUCACCAGUGUGCACCGAAUGCGAAUGGGUCAAACAGCGCAUCGGCCUCUCUCUGCAUACGAGUGCAAGACUGCCACUGAGUGCUUGUAUUGGAGAAAUGAUGUAGUAAAGGAGAUUCAGAAAAAGAUCGGUCAAAUCAACAACCCCAAUCUGCCUCCUAACACCAUUCGAGAUUUAAACGAUGAGAUUAAUCGGUUAAUUCGUUCAAAAGGUCACUGGGAUCGUCGUAUUCGAGAGUUGGGAGGAUCAAUCCGUGAUGCAGCUGAUCAAAACGAUGAAGAUGAAGAACCUGACUCCGCCUUGUUUAUUGGAGGAGGCAACACAUAUAAAUAUUACGGUGCAGCGAAAGACCUUCCCGAAGUCCGAGCAGCAAUGAAAAAGGAUCCAGAAGAAGUGCCGAAAAAGAGUCGUUAUGAGCUCUACAGCAUGAUUACGAUGGAUUACUAUGGUUUUAGAGACGAAGAUGAUGGCUCGUUGCUGAUCAAGGAAGCUGAAGCGGAAGGUAAAGCCAUUGAACAGGAGGUAGCUGCUUGGCAGGAGAGAGAAGCGAUGAAAAUGUCCACCAAUGUACAUUAG